AUGUCGCAACCGCCCGUCCCUCCCCCACCAGCAUCAGCGCCGCCCGAACUCGUUGACAAGGCUCUCGAGGCCAUCGCCUCCGGUGAGGUCGAUGAGCGACCCUCGGUCAAGCGAAACCCCUCUGGAGGAACGCCAGAGCCAGGAACGCUGGCUGAUGCCAUCUCCAAGAUCGACAGCCUCCGCCUGUCGCGCGCCCCUAGUAUUAGUAGCAAUAAUACGACUCCCCCGACACGCUCUGGAGCUUCCAGCCCGGGACACAGGAAUUCCAUGUCGGCAGACAUCUCCGGGCCGCCAUCGCAGCCGGGCAAGAGUCCUGCACAGACACCCCACUUCGGUGCAACCACAGGCCUGCUCCAAACUCUUGACGAGAGCACCAAGGUGAUCCGCCAGAAUGCAGUUGGACUGAACCGCGCCCCUUCAGUGUCCGGUAUUGGAACUGUUGUUGAGAAGCCAGACUACUCCGAGGCGAAGAUUGUCGUUGCUAUGUGGCUGGAGUACAAGGUGGAGGUCUUCAACGUCGGCCAGCUCAGGCGGUCCAAGGCCCGUGCCGUUCAGGAAGCCGGUGGAGAGAAGACGGACCACUCAGCGAACUACUUCUCCGCAAACAACGCGGACGCCAAGGCGUCGCGUGAGCAGCUCGCCGAGGAGAGCUUGGAGAGCCUCAUCGCGUGGCUGAAGAAGGAGGGCAAUGUCGGAAUCAUGGAUGCCACGAACAGCACGUACGAGCGAAGAGCCAAGAUCCGAGACCGCAUCGCGAAGGAGCCCGGGCUUCAACUUUUGUUCCUCGAGUCUUACUGUGACGACCCUGACGUUAUCAACGCCAAUGUUGCACUGAAGGCAAGGUCCGGUGACCCCGACUACGCGGGCAUGUCUACGGAGGAGGCCAUGGCGGACUUCCGCAAGCGUAUCGCGCAGUACGAGAAGGUGUACCAGACGAUCGACGAGCCGGACAUCAGCUUCUGUCGAAUUUUGAACGUCGGCAAGCGUGUCACGAUCAACCGCAUUGAGGGCUACCUGCAGUCGCGUAUCGCGUUCUACCUCAUGAACUUACAUCUCAAGCCUCGCAGCAUCUACCUGUCAAGAGUGAGUUUUGAAAUGUGCUUGGCUAACUGUUCUCAGCACGGAGAGAGCAUGUACAACGUCGAAGGCAAGAUUGGUGGAGACGCCGAGCUCUCGCCGCGAGGACAGCAGUACGCUGCCGCUCUGCCGGACAUGGUGAAGAAGCAUAUCGGCGACGGACCCCUGGAGGUGUGGACGUCGACGCUCACGCGUACGAUCCAGACCGCGUCUAAGCUUCCGUUCCCGAAGAAGACGUGGAAGUCGCUUGACGAGCUGGACGCGGGUGUGUGUGACGGCAUGACGUACGAGGAGAUUGAGCGCGAGUACCCGGAGGACUACGACGCGCGCGACGAGGACAAGUUCAACUACCGCUACCGUGGUGGCGAGUCGUACCGCGAUGUGGUUGUGCGUCUGGAGCCCGUCAUCAUGGAGCUCGAGCGCCAGCAGAACAUCCUUAUCGUCGGCCACCAGGCGAUCAUCCGCUGCCUGUACGCAUACUUCAUGGAGCUGCCGCAGGAGGAGCUGCCAUACAUCAAUGUGCCGCUGCACACUCUGAUCCGCAUCUCGCCCCGUGCCUACGGAUGUGAGGAGGAGCGCUACCCCCUCGGCAUCGCUGCGGUCGACACGCACCGCCCCAAGCCGGCCAAGUUCCGCAAACCCGAGUCUGAGCGCGUCGACCACACGAAGCGCGACUACUUUGGCUCCAACGUCAACUCGGCCGCCAUGAGCACGCAGGCGAGCGAGACGGGCACGGCGACGUCGACCGAGACGGGAUCCAAGGCGCCCGACUCGGCGCCCAAGCCCGCCGACCCGGCCGCAUCCCACGCCCCUGUCCCGGAAGACGCGGCGUAA